CAAAGGUAACAUUCUACAUUGAGUCUAGCCAUGGGGAAAGGGCUUUGACAGUGUCUUCCUCAACAGGUUUUGCCAUUGAAAGAAACAUGAGACAUUAAAGCUAAACUCAAACUCAAGUCUAAACUCCAUGUCUAGAACAAAAUCCCAGCUGUCAAAAAUAGUCUCUAGAUCUGAGGAAAGCCCUCCAAAGUCUGUCUGGCAGAAUGAACAUGGAUAAAUGAUUGGAUCCACAAAUGACUUUGCCAUUCAUUUUGGCAGUACCAGGAAACAGACAGUCACAAAUGGGAUUAAUAUAAUGAAUGGCAGGGAAAUGCUUAAAAAGAUUUAAAAAGGAAGUGGUAAUAUUGAUAUUGCUACAUAUUGAACAUUUGAACAAUGUUUAGACAUCAAUUUCUAAAAACAAAGACAAUGGCUAUGAGCAGAUACACUCAAAAUGAAGAAACAUUUAUUUUUUAUUUUUUAAGAAAAGGUUAAUCACAUAUUCAUAGAGUCAGUUUGUUACUAUGGAAUCACAUAUGAUGUCAUAAAUUUGACAUUCUAAAUGCAAAGCUAGACUGAGCAAGGGAAGUGACAGGAAAUGGAGCUGGGGAGACAAAAAUCUGGAUAACAACAAAAGAAUUUCAACAGGUAAAAAAUGAGUCAAACAUCUCUCAAACAGAAAAAGAAUGAGCUCGGAAUGAGGUCCUCAAAAGAGAGUCUAGAAGCAGAAAAAAGAAAGGAAUCUGACAAAACAGGAGUUCGUCUGAGCAAUCAGAUGAGGCAUGCAGUCAAUCCGAAUCACUCGCUGAGAUGUUGCCCCUUCCGGGGUCACUCGUCGUGUAGACGCUGCCUUUGUGCAGCUGAGGGAACAGCCCUUGGCCCCUGCCGCACAAUACGUAUUUAUAUUCACAUGUGCCUGUUGUGGGAGCAGGGCCAGCAGAUCACCAUGAUGAGGGGAUCACAAGAAUCAUCAAUGCGGAAGACAGACUCUCGAGGGUACCUUGUGCGCAGUCAAUGGUCUAGAACAUCCCGGAGCCCAUCCACCAAGGCUCCAUCCAUAGAUGAGCCUAGAAGCAGGAACAUCAGUGCUAAGCUCCCCAGCAGCUCCACGAGCUCCCGGACUCCAUCCACCUCCCCAAGCCUGCAUGACUCCUCACCGCCGCCGCUGUCCGGGCAGCCCUCGCUCCAGCCACCCGCGUCGCCCCAGCCGCCCCGGUCGCUGGACUCGCGGCCUCCCACGCCCCCAGAGCCCGAUCCUGGCUCCCGGCGCAGCACCAAAAUGCAAGAGAAUCCGGAGGCCUGGGCCCAAGGCAUCGUGCGGGAAACCCGCCAGACCCGCGACUCACAGCCGCGGGAAUAUUCGCGCACGUCCCCCACCGAGUGGAAGUCCUCCAGCCAGCGCAGGGGGAUCUACCCCGCCUCCACCCAGCUGGACCGCGACUCUCUGUCCCAGCAGCAGCAGCGGGAGGACGAGGACGACUACGAGGCUGCCUACUGGGCAUCCAUGAGGUCGUUCUACGAGAAGAACUCGAGCUGCUCGCGCCCCUGGCCGCCCAAACCCAAGAACGCCAUCACCAUUGCUCUCUCAUCCUGCGCGCUCUUCAACAUGGUGGACGGCAGGAAAAUCUACGAGGAAGAGGGUCUGGAAAAGUACAUGGAGUAUCAGCUCACCAAUGAGAACGUCAUCCUGACCCCGGGCCCGGCGUUCCGCUUCGUCAAGGCACUACAGUAUGUCAAUGCUAGACUCCGUGAUCUAUAUCCUGAUGAACAGGACUUAUUUGAUAUUGUACUGAUGACUAAUAACCAUGCCCAAGUGGGAGUGCGGCUUAUAAACAGCGUCAAUCACUACGGCUUACUGAUUGACCGCUUCUGUCUGACCGGCGGAAAAAACCCCAUUGGCUAUUUGAAGGCAUAUCUUACCAAUUUGUAUAUUGCUGCAGAUUCUGAAAAAGUGCAAGAGGCAAUACAAGAAGGUAUUGCCUCUGCGACAAUGUUUGAUGGAGCCAAAGACAUGGCUUACUGUGACACUCAGCUCCGUGUAGCCUUUGAUGGGGAUGCUGUCCUCUUCUCUGAUGAGUCUGAACAUUUUACCAAGGAGCAUGGGCUGGACAAAUUCUUCCAGUAUGAUACAUUAUGUGAAAGUAAGCCUCUUGCUCAGGGUCCCCUAAAAGGCUUUCUGGAAGAUUUAGGCAGACUGCAAAAGAAGUUCUAUGCCAAAAAUGAACGGUUACUUUGUCCUAUCAGGACCUACCUGGUUACAGCUAGAAGUGCAGCCAGUUCAGGCGCCCGUGUGCUGAAGACCCUUCGACGCUGGGGUCUAGAGAUAGACGAAGCACUUUUCCUUGCUGGAGCCCCCAAAAGUCCCAUCUUGGUGAAGAUCCGGCCCCACAUCUUCUUUGAUGACCACAUGUUCCACAUUGAAGGGGCACCAAAGUUAGGUUCCAUCGCAGCUUAUGGCUUUAAUAAAAAAUUCAGUAGUUAGGGGCAGGAAGGAGAAAUAAAGUGGUAAUAGUCUGGUAUUAUAGAAGCCACUUCUUUUGGCUCUCUAGGAUAAUUAGAUAGGUAUUUCAGAAAACUGGACCUUAAAACUUUGCUUCUUUGGAAAGGUUUUCUCUUGAUUUUUUGGAAAACCUUUUGAACCCUCAAGUUACCAUCAAACUACUUCUCUUUGAACUACCAAUACUGUUGAAUGCCAUUACACCUAUCUCUGCAUAAGUCAUAAUGAUGACUCUUUAGGAUAAGUUUAGAACUUGAAUACUUGCAUGCUUAAGGCACUGUUUUAGAAGCUUACUUAGUUUUAUAAAGCACUGCUCAUUUUUGGAUGUUUGUAGAUAACAAUGAAUUGUUACCCAUCAGCAUUGUAGAAUAGUGUCUUCAAAGGCAGAAGGAGUAUGGUUAAGUACACUCUUGAAAACUGGAGCUUUGUAUUCUCUGACUGCUAUGGCCAGCUUUUUAACCAAAGCAAAAUGAGAAUUUCACUCUCCCUGCAUGAGUAAAACAAUUUUGAUACUGCUCAUUUAGAAAUAAAUCAUCUGGUUGUUCCUCCAGGGUACUUUCUAAGAUAAGCCUUAAACAGAAACCCCUAAGAAAGGUUCUCUGAAAAUUAUUUGGUGGGUUAAAUGCCUCUGGUCCACAGAGUUUCAUAUUUAAAGUCUCUGGCUUUGGGCCUGGCAGGCUGGCACACCCAUAUUUGUAUGGAAAAAAAAAAAGACCCUAUGCUACCACUUCAAAAAGUGACAUGAAGUGUAGUAUCCUGGCCCUUCAUUGUCAUUCUCUUGUGAUUUUUGUUUUGUUUUCAACAAAAAUUGGUUGGUCAUUAAAUAUAUCAUAUGUUAGGCACAGUGA